AUGAUCCUAAAAGAAGAGCACUUGCUUAGAGAUUUACUUGGCGACCACCAUAAGAAAAUAGAUUCAGAGGUUCUCAAGAUCAUGCUCCCAGAACUUGAGGAGAAAACAAUGCAUUUGGUACAGGAGGCGAAGAAAAUCAUGCGUCAUUCCAAACGGAAGGUCUUAAAGCCAUCCGAUAUCGACCUUGCACUCAAAAUGUUAGAGAAAAACAUCGAGUUUUCAGCACCUCUCGCACAGAUAAUGGGCUCUGCCCCUUUCGAGUUUGAGAAGAGAAUUACUGAAGAGAACACACAAUGGACUGUCAAGAAUGAAGAUUUAAAUCUGAUGCAAUUCCUUAACAAACCUAUCAUUGAGACUCCACUAAAAAUUGGACUUGAGAUGCACUGGGCUUUAAUAAAUGGAGAAAUGCCAAUAGUGUCUGAAAACAUACUUCCUCCAAAGGAGAAAAGGAACUUAAAGAAGAAGGAAGAAGAUCCUUUUACCCACUCACUUUUGCCUAAAGAGCCAUCAAUUAAAAAGAAGCUUCGAAUGGAGUUCAAAAAGGAGCUCUCCGUGACUAAAGAAGUAAUGGAGUUCUACUCAAAAUUUCUUGAAAUUUUCCAAGUAGAGGAAAACGAGAAUAUCCAGACACUCUCUCAAAGAACUUCGUUAGAGAUUUCUUCACAGCUUACAAUGUACAUUGACCUGAUAUCUAAAGAGCCAAGUAUAGUAGAUGUAGUGCCUGCCAUUUUUGAUUUCAUUUACAAGAAGACAAUUGAUUACAUAACUUCUAAGACUUGUGGGGAUGCCAAAAUGAUGUUUAUAUGUAUGACAAUCACAAAGCAAUUGUUAUCCAACCCCUUCUACAACUGUGAAGAGAAAAUACAUGCUUUCAUAGACUUGCUUUAUGACACCCUGAUUAGACAGGAAUAUACAGAGGAGAGCUUAGAUAAAUGAGCUGAUAUCAUAAUGAAAUCAAAGAGCAUAUCUGCUGAAGCUCUGAACCUUAUCAUUCUUGAGUAUGGCACAAAGUACCAGUCCAUCAUUAAGUCUAUUUUUGAUUGUGUGAAGGCUCAGCUUCAGAAAGAGGACCGCUCGUAUCUGCUGCUGUAUGGACCACUUUACUUUGUCUCUCUACAAGAUCUAUACCAUAGCACAGAUUGUUUGUUCUACACUAAAUAUUUGAAAGAAAUUCUGAAAGAAGUCAAAGGAGAAGCAUUUAAGGAACCUUGUCUUGAAAUAAUCAAAAGGAUCAUUACCAAUCUUAUAAAGUUCUUGAAACUUGAUACUGGAGAUAAACAGACCAUUGAAGAAAAUGAGGUUAAGGAAAUAUUGGCUCUACUAUAUGAAUACUUCCCCGACUAUGUACAUCAAGAUGAUUACUCACUAGAAAUGGCAUAAAUUAUCUGCAGGAUAUCUACUUAAGUGUAAUUUUG